CUCGGCGCAGUCCCCCGGCGGGCAGCGGGGCUGGUAUCGCCCGCCUCCCCUCUCCACCCCGAAGUUGGUCGGCUCCGAGCCUGUCAGCGCCGCGCACGGACUGCCGAGUCGGCACCGACGCCCAAGCCCGGGAGCUCGGUCCAGGGGCCCGGAGGGAUGCGACUCGCGUCGUAGCGGCCCGCGGGGGGCGGGGAGGCCGCCGUGAGGAGGCGGGGCUGAGAGCCCGCCAGUCCGCCCGGGCCGCCGCCACGGCCCUCUGCUCUCCUCCCCGCUCGCCGCCGCACGCCCCCACCCCGGGCCGGCUCGCCUCAGCCGCGGCCGCGGCUUCCGUUCCCCGUCGCUGCGCUGCCAGAGGAAACGGAAGAAAGCGCAAGCCAUGGAGGGGAACCGGGAUGAGGCGGAGAAAUGUGUGGAGAUCGCCCGGGAGGCCCUGAACGCCGGCAACCGCGAGAAGGCCCAGCGCUUCCUGCAGAAGGCGGAGAAGCUCUACCCACUGCCCUCGGCCCGCGCACUAUUGGAAAUAAUUAUGAAAAAUGGGAGCACGGCUGGAAAUAGCCCUCACUGCCGAAAACCAUCAAGUUGUGGUGAUCAGAACAAGCCUAACUGCACGAAGGACAGCACGUCUGGUAGUGGGGAGAGUGGAAAAGGCUACACCAAAGACCAAGUGGAUGGAGUUCUCAGCAUAAACAGAUGUAAAAAUUACUAUGAAGUACUUGGAGUUACCAAAGAUGCUGGUGAUGAAGAUUUGAAAAAAGCUUAUAGAAAGCUUGCUUUGAAGUUUCAUCCAGACAAAAACCAUGCACCUGGAGCAACAGAUGCUUUUAAAAAGAUUGGAAAUGCUUAUGCUGUUUUAAGCAAUCCAGAAAAACGAAAACAGUAUGACCUCACAGGCAAUGAAGAACAAGCAUGUAAUCACCAAAACAAUGGUAGAUUUAAUUUCCAUAGAGGUUGUGAAGCUGAUAUAACUCCAGAAGACUUGUUUAAUAUAUUCUUUGGUGGUGGAUUUCCUUCAGGUAGCGUACAUUCAUUUUCAAAUGGACGAGCUGGUUAUAGCCAUCAACAUCAGCAUCGACAUAGUGGACAUGAAAGAGAAGAAGAAAGAGGAGAUGGAGGUUUUUCUGUGUUCAUCCAGCUGAUGCCUAUUAUUGUAUUGAUCCUCGUGUCAUUAUUAAGCCAAUUGAUGGUCUCUAAUCCUCCUUAUUCCUUAUAUCCCAGAUCUGGAUCAGGGCAAACUAUUAAAAUGCAGACAGAAAACUUGGGUGUCGUUUAUUAUGUCAACAAGGACUUUAAAAAUGAAUAUAAAGGAAUGUUAUUACAAAAAGUAGAAAAGAGUGUGGAAGAAGAUUAUGUGACUAAUAUUCGAAAUAAUUGCUGGAAAGAAAGACAACAAAAAACAGAUAUGCAGUACGCAGCAAAAGUAUACCGUGAUGAUCGGCUCCGGAGGAAGGCGGACGCCUUGAGCAUGGACAACUGCAAGGAGUUGGAGCGGCUGACCAGUAUUUAUAAGGGAGGAUGAACUGGGAUGGUAUUUAUAUCUUCUAGUGUGCUCUUUAUUUCUCCUGUAAGUAAGGUUAGUUUCAUCGUGAGAGCUAAAGAAAAGGAUUGGGUGUUAAAAACCAAACUGAAUAGUUGGUCCCUGAACUCUUGGACUGUUUAUGACCUACUGGCUCCUUUAAAUAGUAAGGAACUGAAAACUAAAAUUAAUAUUUUAGUUAUGCUUCUGCAGUUAUUUUCACUUUAAAAGCUUACAUUAUUCCUAACUAAAAAUGUCUUGAGAAAGGAUUAUCACACCUGUGGCAGUUUCCAGUUUUAGUGAUUCUCCAUGUUUCCUUUCAUCAUGUAAAUAUUUCUGGAAUGAUCAUUUUCUGUACAUAUGGGUUACUACAUUUUUAUUUAAAUUCGUUUAGCAUUUAGCUCCAUGAGACACUUCAGUUUAAACUGAUAGAAUAAAUGUCCUAUGACAAAAUUACAUUUUUCUUGUCGGAUGUUGAAUGUUUGUGGAGUUUAAGCAAUGAAACGUUUUCAAAAAGAAAAGAAAAAACAAAAAUGUUUAACUUUGUGUAAAUCUUGUAGCAUUAUCAGCUUAGAAUGAAUUGAUAUUUUUAAUAUUGCUAUUAUAUUCCAGAAUAUAUAUUGAGAUAAAUGAACUGGUGUAGAGUAUCAGUUUGCUAUUUAGUUUUAUGAAUUGCUAAGCCAUGCAUAGAAAUGAAAUGCUAUACUGAUAGAUUUUAAAGAAAAAUAUGAGGAAAUGGCUAUGUAGAUAUUAAACAGAAAGGGCCUUCAACAGUAAAUUGCAGUUAUGUCAUUUGCAAUUCCAGUAAUUAUGAGGCCCCCAAAUGUUUAUAUAUCUGUCAUUGAAGGCUGCUAAGAUUUAUGAAGAAGACCCACCUGUUUUGCCCCCCAUGGAAAUUUAGUUUUUUUCUUAGUUAUCAUUUAAGUAGCAUCUCAAGUAAAUGGGUUCUUCUACAAAUGAGUUUUAAAAAAUAAUACUACUAAAAUGAAGCUUUGUGCCUUUUAACCUGAUUGCCAACUCUUAAACAUAUAUGUAGACUACAGCACACUGAUCUGAUCAGAGCAUGAUCUGUUUGGCCAUAUGCAACAGUGAGCGACAUAUAGCAGCAGGUAGAAUAGGAUUUAUAGCAAGUUAUCCUUACAAAAUCCUGAGCUAAAAUCUAUUCUCCAUUGAGUAAUUCAAUUAAUCGUAUAGGAAUAAGCUCUCUGUAAUUCAAUCCAUAAUAUAAAUUAGAAAAAUAAGCUGGAAAUUAAAGGUUUUGGUGCCUGUAUAUUGAGUAUGAACCUAUUUGAUUUCUAAUCUCCAUUUAACAGCUGUAAUAUUUUAAUGAUUUUGCUUCAUACUCAGUUAAUGGAGCACAAAUGCAUCUUUGGUAGUUUUUUGUUUUUUGGUAUGUGAGAGGAUGCCAGUAAGAGUGGCAGUGUUCUUUUGUUUAAAGAUUUUUUUUCUGAAUGUAGUUAAUUUUAUAGCACCUGUUGAAUAAAACUGCUAAAAUGGUCAUUCUUUUUAAAAUGUUCUCUUACAUCCCCUUGUCCAGGUGGAUCAGUAGAAAUACCUGAAUGAAUUAGUGGGUUAAACUAAACAAUCUACUGUCCCAGGAAAACUGGACAGUUUGACCAGUUUUCUUUUAGAAAUAUUCAUUUAAAGAAAUAAAAUAAUAGUAGUGCUAAAAGGAAAUACAAAUUUAAAUGUAUUCUAAUUAACUUUGAAAAUUCAUGUACAUCAGAAAACUUACAAAAAUUUAAAAGAAAAAAUUUCACCCUUUUAUUUUUCCAGCUUUCAUGGGAAAUUUACACUAUUGUGACUGAUGCUAAUGUGACUUGAACUGUUGUUGAGUGAGUGAUUCUUUUUCCCUUAAUCUCGACUUUAAGGUGAUAGUUGAAGUUAUCGAGUGAAGUGAAGUUAUAUGUUAUGGAGUCAUAUGGCUUCGGGACAGUAUUAUGUUUCAGUUGCAUCGCUGCAUUCUGUCACAUUUCAUAAAAUGGGGAAAUGUGUUUGAUAAAAUAAAAUUUUCAGACAACUGUAUGAAAUACCUGAUCGAGUGCCUGAUAAUAUAAGCCACAUACAAAGUAUACAAUGAAAGAUUAAGUCCUUAAUGUCAUCUAUAUUUUGGUGUAAAAGCCCAAUCAAGUGUCUUAGAAUUUUGGGUUAAUUCUACCAAGUAAGAAGAGUUUAACUGUCUUGAGAUAGAAGAUGUUCAUGUUUUCUACUCUUCUGAUAAAAAAAAUCUCAGCAUUUUGCCAUCUUAUUUUCAGCUACAUGAGCUUUGCAGUUUCAUUUGAUAACUUGUACUGUUCGUUUUAAUCUUUGCUUCAAAGCUCUCAGUCUCUGAGUAUUGCUUUACUAGCUGUUCUAACUAGUAUUUGAGAAGUUUGGCUGCAACUAUAUUUAUUAAUGCUUUACAUUUUUAUCCCUUUUUACAUACAUCCUUACAAACAUCAUUGUCCUUGUAAGGAUUUGGGGGAGAGUAAAUAGCACCUUUCCUCCUCCUUUUUUGAUUCCUUAGUUCCUAAAUAGACUGGUGCUAGUCAUUUAUAGGUUUCAGAAUUUAUUUUGAUCAAAUCCGAGAAUGUCGACCUCAAUGCAAAAUUCAAGUUUUAAUCCAUCUAAUAUGUAAAAAUAAUAUAUUUUGGGAACAGAUUGCAUUUGAAUGCUUAAAUAAGUCUUUGUUUCAGAAUCAUUGCAUUUUUAUUUAUAGUAGAGAUUUGGUAGAGUAAAUCCUUAUGGCGUGUACAUGCCAGUGUGCUAAGCUACUCUGCUUUCGUGUCAGCUCAGGUGUUCACAGGAACAGGAAUGUGGAGUCUCCGCCCUUCAUGUAAUUGCACUUUUAUGCUUACAUUUCCUUCCUUUUAAGUCUUCAGCUACACUAGUAUGUAAAAUAGUGUAUAGUGAGAGAAAUAAUCGCCCUCUUCAUUUCUCUUUGGUGAUCUGUAAUAGUUUUAAAAUGUAGCUGUUAUUUAAUAACUAUGAUAUAUAUUAAUAACAUAAUCCCACAUAUUUCGUUAAAAAUAAAUAAAUCUCCCAUUCCCACUGUGUUAAGACAGUGAAACAUUCUUUGAUGUUGACCUGAGAACCAAAUGAGCCAUCUUUCCAGUUAAGUAAGUAUUAUGUCAAAGGACCGUAUGGUUCAAAAGGAGAAUUUGUGCGUUCAUUUAGUUUCCCCAAAUGAAGCUUACGGUCAGGACUACCCAUAUUACUAUCUCUCUUCAUAUUGAGUGUAGCACACUGAAAGGGCAUCAUAAUCUUUAUUCUUAUCUGAACAGAAAAACUAAAAAUGAACAAUAAAUCUGGAUUUUAAUCUUUACUAACUAGCCAAAAAACCAUGUCUAUUGGCCACAUUGGACUAUUGCUUAGUUAAAAUCCAUAACAUUUUCCACAAACCAAUGAAAAAGGAAAGAGUAGUAUAACAAUAACCUACAAACCAUUUUUUAUUUUAAUUUUUAAGUACAAAUAAAAAGUGAGUAGAAUGAGGAUUUCAAGGAAUUCUUGUACCUCCCUUUAAUAAUCUGGCAGGUAACACAGUCCUAGAAUUCAGACUUCCUUUUUGGUUUUCAUUACUAUUAAAUAGACACUUUCGUAUAAAUGGAAACAUCUUCCUCAAAACAUUAAUUCAAAACAUACUCCUUAUAUUAAGGAUUAUAUAACCACAUUUUUUGUAAGUUCCCUCUGUGUGUAACUUUUUCCUGUUGGUAUGUGAUUCGUUCUCAUUUAAUUUUAUUAUCUGCUGGUUUUGGGGCCAAUGGACUUGUGAAUAUUCUGUGGAUGUGUCCAUGUAUAGGUGUAUAUAUAUAUACAUAUAUAUAUAUAUUUUUCCAGCUAAUACCUCAGAUGUGUGAUUGUUUAAUAUAUACCACACUAUGUUUGCACAGAGCAGGGCUUCCGUUAGCCGUGGAUAUUCUUACUUCUGACUUUGAAAAUCAUUCCACAGAAUUUCAUCAGUGUGACUUCUUUCUGUUGAUCCGUUUCAAAUUUUAAAACAGAGGUUCCCGUUAUAAGACCCAUACUUCAAAUAUAAUUGUAUGUUUCUGAAUCUAGCAGUGGAAAUAUGUCGGGGUAAGAAGUGUUUCUUGAAGUGUCUAGUAAGUUUUUGAUUAACAGUUGGGACUACUGGUUGCCGAACUGUGUAGUAACUGCACAGUGAUGACACAGUCAUACUCACUUUGACCCAGGAGUCGGGACAUUCCAGUCUGACUCUACUUUGCCAUUUAAGGGUGCCACUAAAAUAACGGAGGUCUUCCAGUGGCACUGGGUAUUUUAAGCAUCAAUUUCAAAAUGAAUUGUUUUUGAGUUGGCUGACUAUACCAAUGAGAAGAAAGAAACUCACACAUAAAUGAUAUUUUAUGACUUAUUUAUAUUAAGAAAUGCUUCUUACCUACUUUGGUUUUGUUUUUGUUUUUUGGAUGGCUACCUAAGACUUUUCCAUUUAAAGUUUAAAUCAUGUGUUUUUUAAAGCUGCAGGUAAUUUUCAAGGUGUGAUGGAAUUUUAAUGGAAGCCUUGUAUAAGUUAAAUGAAAUGAAACUGGUAAAGGAGAUCUAACUUUAUUUGUCUAUAGUGCAUUCAAGAUUAUACAAUUAGAUUUAAAAAUGAAAUGUCUGAUUUGUAAAAUACUUAAUGUUAUAUCAGGCUUAUAAAAUUUUCUGUGUGAGAACUCUGUUAAAGAAAAUGCAUUUGAUUUUUAAUGAAUGUUCUGCUGAAUGAUUUGUGAUGAAUUUUUGUCUUUCGGUCUCUGCAGUUUAUCUCAAUAUAUGAAUAAAAAGAAGGUCUGUUCUCACGGUAAA